AUACUUUUUGAAAUAGUGGCUUGGAGUCCGCCAAACAGUCAGCUUUGCCUCGUGUUCAAAUAAAAGAUAUUUAUAUUCUUUCAAAUGGAUUGGUUAUCGGUUGCUCUGUUGCUUAUAAUAGGCAUCAUAUCAAGUGUUUUUCUAUUUUUUAAAAAAAGAUAUUCUUAUUGGAAAGAUCGAGGGGUGCCGUUCGUACAACCGACCUUUCCUUUCGGGAAUCUCACACCCAUGAAAGCUACACAUUUCAAAGACAUAACCGGCAAAAUUUACAACCAAAAAACUGGAAGUCCAUUCGUGGGAGGAUAUUUCUUCGCAUCACCUAUUGCUGUAGCAACGGAUUUGGAUUUCGCGCAAAAUGUGCUUAUAAAAGAUUUUAGCACAUUUCAUGCUAGAGGAGUCUACAACAACGAAGUAGAUGACCCUUUAUCGGCUCAUAUGUUUACAUUGGACGGGGAAAAGUGGAAAUCAUUGCGAGCAAAGCUAUCACCAACCUUCACUUCUGGUAAAAUGAAGUUCAUGUUUUCUACGGUUGCGGAAGUCGCUGACCGUUUUAAUGCCACCUUGGCUAAUCUUGUCAAAUCCAGUGCUGUAUUAGAGAUGAAGGAUCUAUCUGCAAGGUUCACAACUGAUGUAAUCGGGUCUUGCGCAUUUGGGAUUGAAUGCAACAGUCUGGGAACUCCAGAUUCAGAAUUUCGACAUUACGGUACGAAAUUUGUCAGUGAUUUUCCGUUUCCACCUCUUGUUUUUUUGGCCAACGCUUAUCCAGAUUUGGCACGGAAGUUUCAUUUAAAAAUUUUUUCGAAAGAUGUUAGCGAUUUCUUCAUGAAUACAGUGCGUGAAACUAUUAAAUAUCGUGAAAAGAGCAAUGUUAGGCGAAACGAUUUCAUGGACCUAUUAAUCCAGCUGAAAAACAACAAGCUGGAGGAUGAAAACUCAAGAAAAUUGGGGUCUUUGACAUUCAAUGAGAUUGCUGCUCAGGCUUUCCUAUUUUUCUUUGCUGGAUUUGAAACCUCUUCCACUACAAUGAUUUUCGCUUUAUAUGAAUUGGCACUAAACCCCGAAAUACAAGAAAAGGCACGUAAAGAGAUUGAGGAAGUGUUGUCGAAGAACAAUGGAGAGAUUAGUUACGAAAGUAUCAAGGAAAUGGUAUAUAUCGAUCAAAUUAUCAGUGAAACUUUGCGGAAAUAUCCGCCGGUGGUGAAUCUAUUGAGGAAAGCUGGUAAAGACUACGCCGUCCCAAAUUCAAAUUUCAUAAUUGAAAAGGGAACAACGGUGUUCAUCCCUGCUUUUUCAAUUCAUCAUGACCCAGAAAUUUAUGAGAAUCCGGAAGUUUUUGACCCGUUGCGUUUUUCUCCAGAGCAAGUUCAAAAUCGCCAUUCAGUAGCGUUUCUGGGCUUUGGUGAUGGACCAAGAAACUGUGUUGGGUUGAGAUUCGGAAGAAUGCAGUCACGUCUUGGGUUGGUCACCCUUUUGAAGAAUUAUCGCUUUAAACCAUGCGAAAAAACUACUAUUCCAAUGGAAUUCGUGGAUGGAAUUCCGCUGCUUGCACCUAAAGAUGGAAUGUACCUUACUGUAGAGAAAAUAUAGAGCGAAGGAAGUUGGGGGCUGGAAGACAAUAUUUCCAUAUAUUAUUAUUUGUUAUAUAUUCGCAUUGGUGCAGGAAAAUAAAUCAGAAAAAAUGAAGAUUUUUAUAAUAAAA